AUGCACUCUACUAGCAGUCUAGACGUCUCAGUUGGUCAUGGAUUGGAACUGAACAAGACAGUGAGCAACACAUCUCAAUCAGCCCUUGAGAAGAACCGACCAACAUUGCUGCCUUCUGCUAUGCCGGACAGUUCACGCAAUGGAUCCCCGAUGAAGAAGAUGACUAUGGGAUUGCGAAGACCUUCCGAGAGUGAUGACGAUACCAAGAGAUCCUUCCUACCCUCCAUGGCCUCGAAACGGACGUCACGAGCUCUACAAAGCGCACAGUGCCCUAGCACACCGUCAGGAUCGAACAGCCGGAUCACUGGGAAGAUCCGCAAGAACUCGAUAAGCGAGACAGCCGCUGAUAUCAAAGAGGGCUCUUGGUUGAAGUCGUCCAAGAAAGGCAAGGCCGAGAAGGAGGCGCCGAAGCCUUCAAAAAGAUGGAACUUCUUUCAACGUGCCCAUGCCGGACCACGCGCCCCAACACCAGCUGCUCCUACCGCCAGCCCUUCCAACCAAGCAACUGUUUCUCGCUCCGUCGCACACUACGCGUUGAUGGACCAGUCCGGGCUUGAAUUGGACGACAUUGAGCAGUUGAUGCAGGAGGUCGAUGAAGGGACUGAGAGCGCCCUCUCCGACGACGAACCAGGAAGGAAAGAGCGAAUGCAGUCCAUGCUGCUCCCGCCUAAACCAGUGUUGCCAUCUACCCUGGCAGCACCCCGCUCGGCUUCGCCCAAGGUCUUUCUGCGCUCUGAACCACAACAGCAACAGCCAGAACAGCAACAAAGCAAAUUGAGUAUCGACACGAAUGUUCGAUCGGUUUCUCGCAACUCUGAGCGUUACUCGCUGGGUGACCUGACUCCUGUUACGGACCUCUCUCGACCUUCAUCACCGUUUCAUGAACCUUCGCCGAUGCGCGACGAAGGCUCUGCGCCGCCGCUGGAUGUAGCAGUUCCCUCUCACAUGCCCGAGCCCGAGCAAGAGUCAGUUCACGAUGCACCUGCACAAGAAGAAUUUGUUCUUCCUCAGAAUCUUCCAUCGCCUGGUCCGCCGCCUACGAGCCCACCCCCUCGACCAAGUCGCUUGGCGCAAGUUGGUCGUAUCCCUCAGGUCGUCUCUAGUCGUCGUCAGGCACCUCGCCCGUCUUCACGUUCAUUCUCUCGUCCUUUUGUGUCGAACCAACCUCGUCCAGCAGCUCCUCCACGAACGUCUUUCGAUUCCAUUGGAUCUGUUGUCGCAACUGCUGGUCCGGUGGAGCCAUAUCCCAUUCUCCACGGCCUGACUGCCCUGACCCACGGAUCGGCUAUCGCCACUAUUAGCCCUAUGGAAGAUGAGGCCAACCGUCGCAGCGAGUUCUUCAAGUUCCCACCUCGUAAAGACUCUGAGGUAUCCUACUCAAGUAGCUCAGGUAUCUGGAGCUUUGCACCUGCUGCUGGUACCGCUGUCGUACCGAGUCCUAGCGCGCCGCUCUCAGACGAUGAACUUUGGAACGAGUAUGACGACCUGAUCGAUCAGGUGCUCUCGCCUGUCACCUCUCGCACGAAGGAAGACAACAACAGCCUUCGCAGUCACCCUUCUCUCGAGCCAAUGCCUUUGAGACCCAAAGCACCGCGCAACAUUUCAGGAUCAGACAACGAUGAAGUUGCGAACCCCUCACUUCAUCUUCGUCGCUCUCGUCUACUUGCUGUUUUGCACUCCACACAGUCACCUACUUCGUCGAUCUCUUUUUCGGAGUUCAUCUCUGACUACGGCGAGCGCAAGAUUAGCGUCAUUGACCCUGUUACUGGCAGACUGAGCUUACCUUCCAGUCCUCAGCUGUCGGCUGGGACUGCUACAAAGCGUUCAACUCGCUCCAGUCUCCCAGCCUCGUUGUCGCAGAGUGCUCGACAGUCCAAAGCCACCAUUGCUUCAAGGUCCAGCAAAGAUCGCGACAGUGCCAGUACAACCCAUUACCGCGACACGCGUAUGAUGGACAUUGCAGAAAGCCAGGCGGACGGGCUCUUGUCGAUGGCAAACCUUCGCUUUGGCGCUCUUAUGACAAGCAAGUGGCUCUCGUUCGGACGCGUCUUGUUCAGCCCCGUGCACUUUGAAUUGAAAGACCCGAGCGAGGAUCGCGUACUUGUCAUCGAUGGUCUUGGCAAAGACUGGUCUUACUACUGCGCACUCACAUACCCUGAAGCGACUGUCUACGAUAUGGGCCCCGAUCCAUCACCCACUGCAUCAACCGAGGGCGCUUCUGAGCCAUUGUCAACACUCAGCAACCACCGUCACAUCUACCACCCCUCUCUCGGCAAGGCCUUCCCAUUUCCCAUGCACUUCUUCGCCUGCGUCGUACUUCGCUUCCCCACUGCACUUCCCUCAUCCGAACACCGCUUCAUCCUGUCUGAAGCCAAGCGCGUCCUUAGACCUGGAGGUUACCUUGAGUUUUCAGUUCUUGACAUGGACCUAGUCAACAUGGGCAACCGUGCUCGUCGCGCUGUCCGUGGGCUCAAGAUGAGGAUGCAAGUAGCAGAUGAAAGCAUUUCGCUUCGCAACAUCAGCGACGAAGUCAUGGCUGGCAUCGGGCGUAAGGGUUUUGUCGAGUGCAAUCGCUGCGUUGUCGGCGUUCCGGUUGCCGGCAAGCUACCCAACCUCGAUGACGUCAAGCAGAACAUCACGAAGAGGAAGGGCAGCACAGCCAGCUCCUCUAGCAAGACAAACAACAUGCCUGCACCAAAAGGACCCAAGCCUGAAGUAUCCUUCUCCGAUUUGCUCAACGCCACCUCAUCCUCCGAGUCAAACGACAAUGGCAUCACCGAUAUGGUGGCGCGCGUAGGUCGAUGGUGGUACUCACGUUGUUACGAGUCGCUCGUUCUACCUGAGGCCGGCCAACCUGGUGCCGCUACUUCCGGUAACCUCCUUGAGACCAGUAUCUGGCGCGACCCAAGCCUCAUCAACGAGUGCGAGAAGCGCGGCACUAGCUUCAAACUCCUCAUCGGCUACGCGAAGAAGCCUGAGGUAGGCGUCCGACGAACCGUCAGCGUCUGA